CAGCUUGAUUCUUGUAUUCUUCCGUUUUCGAGUCGAGCGUGAACGCAGCCUUAUAAAAUUACAUCGCUACUACGUUGUUUUGAUUGCGGCAGGCUGAGAUGGCAAAGGAAAUCUGCAGAGCCAUUUGUCCCUGUGAUGUUCUUCUUACCUGGCAGCCGUCCAGCACAGGAGAUAGAGCUGGAUUUCCUGCAGGUGAAGCAUCUGAAGAGGAAGAGGAAGAGUAACUACAGUGUGAGAGAGACGCAGACUCUCAUCAGGGAGAUCCACAAGAGAAAGGACGUGUUGUUCUCCAGACAGCAGAACACGGCCAUUAACGAGCUGAAGAGACAGGCAUGGGAGGAAGUGGCACGAGGUGUUAAUUCACUGGGGGAGGGGGAGCUACGUACUGCUGCUGAGGUGAAGCGCCGUUACCUGGACUGGCGUGCGCUGAUGAAGAGAAAACAGCUUCAGGCUGAGCUCUCUCUCUCCUCCUCCUCCUCCUCUUUGGCCCUGAAGACGGAGUGUGAUCUAUCCUCCCCUGAGAAUGAGGCGGCCUCUCUGGGAUCUGGAUGUGACCAGCUGCUAGACCUCUCAGGCUUCCCGAAGGACUGUCACUGCGACUGGCCGGAGCUGGCGGCUCUCGGAGAGCCGAGCGGGCAGGCUGUGAUGGCGCCACUGGGCGUGAAGAUGGAGGAUGAUGUCGGUGAAUACAGACUGGAUGGCGAUGGUGACGUGGGAGAUGGAGAUGAGGAAUUAGAUGAAGACGAUAUUCCCUCCCUCCUCAGCGACAUCGAGUCACGUAGCGAGGGCCACAUCGCUGAUGUCUACUCCCACAAUGACUUGGUGAUGCUUAGCUCCUCUAAAGCUCCGACCUCCACCACCAGCCGAGACUUGCCGUUGGCUGGUGGCCUGAUGGGGACACCGACUCAUGCUCUGGGUGGACUAUCCGGUCACGAGAACAUGGGAGCCGGGUUUCUGGUUGCUGUUGAAAAACAGCGUCUGGAGCUGGAGAAACAGCGCCUGGCUGUUGAAACUGAACGCCUGGUAGUGGAGAAAGAGCGGCUGGUGGUGGAGAAGGAGCGACUCCGUCAGAUGGAGGUAGAGCGGGAGCGGCUGCAGCUGGAGAGAGAGAGGUUACAGGUGGAGAGGGAGAGACUGAGGCUUGUGCUCCUCAGCCAAUCGGAGCAUGUCGACUCCUCUUUUAACCUGCCACCACAACAAGGCCCACCCUCGUCCUCUACGUCGUCUUUAUCCUCCGCUCAUGAUGGACAGAGGGAGAGAGAGAAGCAAGGUAAAGGGUCGAUGCCAGUGGUGGAUCUGGAGACGGAGCGGAUAAAACUGGAGAAGGAGAGACUGCAGCUGGAGAAAGAGAGACUGCAGUUUUUCAGAUUUGAGGCAGGUAGACUGCAGAUCGAAAGAGAGCGCCUUCAAGUGGAAAAAGAAAGAAUGCAGCUGCACAAGGAUCAUCAGGGCCACUGAGAGAAAAUGAGAAGAGAGAGAGAGAGAGAGAAGGAGGAGAAUCAGUUAGUCAAGACCAUAGCUACAUGGCUACAUGGGAAGCAUUCAAUUUUCACCAGCUUCCAGGGUGCUUUUAAUACUGAGCAAACACAGAACAUGUGGAUUUACAUCAGCAGCUGUUCCCUGAGCAACAGAUGUUCCUCAAGUUUCAUCAGAAUUUGACCAAGGAGAAGACUUGAUAUGAAGGGCUGGCAUAUUGAUGACUAUCAUGAUAAAGCAGUGCCUUAUGAUGCCUUUAUAAAAAAAAAAAUGUGGCAGGACAGAAAAGAUUCCCUGAUAAUAAAAUUUUGGUUUUGUUUGGCAGUUUGAUUAGCACACAUACACAGCUGGCUAGCCCUGAAAAUAUAUUUGAUUCAU